AUGCUGGACCCCGUAAACCCUCCCACAUCGCCACCAUAUACUGAAUCGGGGGUGGCCACGCCUCUCCCUUCAUCACAACCGGAUUAUUACCAUCUGGAAGACAAUCAAGAGCCACAUCUGAAAAGGCUAAAGCCUAAUUCACCAGAGACUGAAAAUGGCACACCACUGGGGGCCAAUACCAACGGGGCAACAACACCUCAACCGUCUACCAGCAGUGGACAACAUCAGCCAAAGAAGCUGAGUGCCGAAGCGUUGAAGCGUCGAAGAGAAAACCGACAACGGGCAGCUGCUGCAUUAGCACAAAAUUUGAAAAACUCUGGUGUUGGACGAUUCGAGCAAGAGAAUGGAUUUGGUUUGACAAGUGUACGAACUAUCCCAUUGAUCAAUCAGAAAAACUACUUUACUGAGUACUUGAAGAAAGAUGAGCAAGUGGGAUUUAUUAGAAAUUGGCGGUUUGAACGUGAUUUGGCAACAAAGUUGAAAAAAUUGAAACAAAGUGGAGGCAGUUUAGAAGAGUUGAAGAAGUUGGAAGAAACAAAGAAUUUCGAUGAUUUCGAUUUGAAAAAUAUCGAGAAUGAAUUGAAGCUGAAAAAUGGUGGCGCCACUGCAGUAGCUGCUGCUGCUGAUGAUGAAGAGGAGGAAGAUGACGAAGGUGAAAACGAAACGGAGGAAGUGCGUCAGGAAAAAGCCAGAAUUGGCGAAGAUGUUAUUGUCUUGCAGCCAGGAUCAACUUAUAUUCGCAUUGGCCGUGCUACUGAUGCUGUGCCACAAGUGAUUCCCAACGUGAUUGCCGUAAAAACGAGCCAAAAUUCGCCUGAACUGGAUGCCAUAUUACCCCACAGACACGUUGAUGGCGAUAAAGUUGUUAUUGAUGAUGAUGGCGAUGAUGGUGGUGAUGGUGGUGAUGGUGGUGAUGGUGAUUUCGAACAACAACGACUCGCUGCAUCUAAGGACUUUCGCGCUAGAAUGAGGUACUACAAACGGAGAAUAUUGCCCAAUUCAAGAGAAACCGUCGCCAACUACAACAAGAAACAAGAGCCGGAGCCUAUAGCCGACCACAAUGACCCCAACAAGAAAGAAUGGAUCAAUCCUGAUCCUACAAGGACAUACUAUACUGGAGAAGAGGCGUUGGCUUUGAAGUUGGAAUCUGGGUGGAAACUUCGUUAUCCAAUGAUCAACGCCAACUUUAAUGAAUAUUGUCCUGAUUAUAAAUCACGUCAAGAUUUAUUGGGAGAUUUAGUCCACAUCAUUGAAGAUGCAUUACAAAAGAUGGAAAUUAAUGCCACCAGUCUUGCCAAUUUGAAGAUUAUGUUGAUCAUACCUGAUUUAUAUGAUAAGGCGUAUGUUGAAACUUGGUGUGAUUUGCUAUUGCGUUUUAUUGGAUUUGGUAAAAUUGGUAUUCUUCAAGAAGCAGUAGCCGCCACAUUUGGCGCGGGUGCUUCGACUGCUUGUAUAGUUGAUGUUGGUGCUCAAACUACCAAAAUCAGCUGUGUUGACGAAGGUAUGAUUAUUAAUGAUUCGCGGAUUUUACUAAACUAUGGAGGUGACAAUAUUACUGAAACUUUUGUCAAGUUGAUGUUGGAGAAUUGGUUCCCAUAUCGUGAUAUUAAUUUGGUCAAUUCAUAUGAUUGGCAAUUGGCCCAAUCGUUAAAGGAAAGUUUUAUCACUUUCCAAGAUGCUGACAUUGCCAUACAAUUGUACAAUUUUUACAACCGGAACCCAUUCAAGUCGACAGAAAAGUAUGAGUUUAAGAUCUUUGAUGAGGCUAUGUUGGCACCUAUGGGAUUAUUCUUUCCUGGAUUGUUCCAGUCUCCACAAACCCCACCACUUCACAGCUCUAGCAAACCGCAUAACCUAACUGUCAAGCAUUUAUUCCCACAGGCCUUGGAUCAAUAUACGAGCAAGCCAAAUAAUCCCACCAGUAAGAGCCAGACCAAGUUGAAGACGAAUUUGAAUUACUGCGACUUGGACGAACUGCAACUACUUAUGAGGCUAGUUGAUGCUGAUGACCAAGAGGGGGGUGUGGAGAAAACUUCCAAUGAGGUGCUCAGUGUCCCUCUAGAAAAAGCCAUUGUUGAAUCAAUCACCAAUGCAGCAUUAUCCUGUGGCGAUUUAACCAAAAUGAAGAAAUUUUACGACAAUAUCUUGAUUGUGGGAGGUGGAUUAGCCAAGAUCAACGGCUACGAUCUAAUUUUGACCGAUAGAUUAAACAUCUGGAGGCCGCGCAUAUUAUCCACCACGUCAUUUGAUUCUAUCAUUGAGCACCUUGAGUUGGAAAUCAAACAAAAUGCCAUCAAACGCAAACAGUUACUAAACGACGCAAUAAACCAAGCUAAAGAGGCAGCAUUACCCUCCUCUUCUGCCAAUCCCGAGGAAACUCCCAACCAAGAAGUUGAAAUUGAAGUAUCGCAAGAUAUACUCGAUUCCAUCGACGAGCAGACUGAACUACAAGUAGACCUUGCCCAUAUUGACAAUUUGGUCAACCAAGGGGCAAUCAUCCCCAUCACUAUCUUACCAACGCCGCGUGAAUUUGAUCCGCUGAUGUUGACAUGGAAAGGUGGGUCCGUGUAUAGUCGGUUGAAGGUUGUUAAUGAGAUGUGGAUAAAUCAAAAGGAUUGGGAUUUGUUGGGUAGUCGAAGCUUGUAUUACAAGAGUAUAUUUAAUUAUUGA